AUGUUCAGUGGCUCCUCGAGCCCACCGAAAGAUAAGACAGAAGCCGUCGUACCCGGCAUCGACACGAGCUCCCUCAGCCUCCAGCCCGAGAACGCCAGCCCUCGCGAGAAGCGCUUCUCCCCGCCCGGCACCGGAUUUUUUCGUCGACAGAGCGACGACCAGGGUCCCGCGGGCGAAAAGAAGCGCAGGAGCAGCACCGUCACCAAGGCGGCGAGCUUCUUUAGCAACGCCAAAAACUCCCUCAGCCUGAACGGCACCCGCGAAGGCUCCUCGUUCAGCACCAGUCCACAGAUCUCGGAGAGUCCUUUUUCGAAACUUGGAAAAAUGGACCCGGCCCUGAGCGUCCCGCAAGGGUCCUUCAACAAUUCAGCUGGAGAAUCGGUCCCCACUGCUCGCUCCUCCUUCCGCGUGGGUGUAACAGAAGAUCGCAAUCGAAAAUGUCGGCGCACAAUGGAAGAUACACAUGCAUACCUGUACAACUUUCUCGGCACUCCCGCCCCAACAAAUUUCGACAUAAAUGGCAAUGAUCCUCCGGGAGGCGCCAGCGAGUCCCAGAUAUCCGACGAUUCGUCAAAUGCAGUGGAAACAGACAAUGGCUACUUUGCAAUUUUCGACGGGCAUGCGGGUAACUUCGCCGCGGAGUGGUGUGGCAAGAAGCUGCAUUUGAUUCUGGAAGAGAUCAUGCGCAAGAGCCCCAGUACGCCCGUGCCAGAGCUUCUUGACCAAACGUUCACCAGCGUGGAUCAACAAUUGGAGAAGCUACCGCUCAAGAAUAGCGGCUGUACUGCCGUCACCGCAGUGCUCCGCUGGGAAGAUCGCGUGCCCAGCUCACAUUCAGCUACCGGAUCUACUGCUCUCGCUCCUGCGGCUGCAGCAGUAAAGGGUGAUGCCAGCUCCAUCGAAACUCCAACCCAAGAUACUGCCUCUGGCGCGUCUGUCCCCAAAUUGCAAGAAAAGGCGGUUCGUCAGCGGGUUCUGUAUACCGCUAAUGUCGGUGAUGCCCGCAUCGUAUUAUGCCGCAAUGGAAAAGCACUUCGGUUAUCAUACGACCACAAAGGAAGUGAUGAGAACGAAGGAAAGAGAAUUGCCAACGCCGGUGGACUAAUACUCAACAACCGUGUCAAUGGCGUUCUGGCAGUCACUCGUGCUCUGGGCGACACCUAUCUCAAGGACUUGGUGACCGGGCACCCAUACACUACCGAGACUGUAAUUCAGCCCGGUGUCGAUGAAUUCAUUAUCCUGGCUUGCGACGGGUUAUGGGAUGUCUGCAGUGACCAAGAGGCUGUCGAUCUUGUCCGCAAUGUGCAAGAUGCCCAACACGCUUCCAAGAUCCUGGUCGAUCAUGCCCUUGCCCGUUUUAGCACCGACAAUCUGUCUUGUAUGGUUAUUCGCCUUGAUGCGAACCGUGUCAAGGACGUAGUCAGCAAUAAGGCAGACCCGAUCGGCGUGGACGGGGACCCAUCAGCCAAUGUGCCUCACGGUGUGAGCGAAGCCGACAAAAUCGUGGAGGGUGCUCGGAGAAGCAUGGCCAGUGCCGGACUCACCGAUAACCCCGAGGCAGCAGAGAAGGCUGGCGAGGAGAUUCUGGAAAAGAUGGCCAAAAACAACGACCAAGAGCCGGGACCCGAGUUGAGUUUAAGUGAAAAUGCUGAGCUGCCCAACGUGGACAUUUUGAGCUCAAGUAACGCGCCCCGGGAUAACAAUUAG